AUGUCCUGGACAAGCGGCUUGAAUAUGGGUGGUGUGGGAGCACUGUUGCCGCAGGUGAAGCCGUGGCAGCGCUUCGACUGGAAGUCCUGCCUCAGGUCGAAGAUCCUUCGCGACUGGGGCAGCCACUACUUGAGGCGGUCGCUCAACCAGACGGCCUUGAAGAGUAUGCAGCGGGCGCUGGAGACCUGUAAGGUCCCGGAUAUACGGGGUCAGCUCGGCUCCUGCACGUUGACCCGACCCACGACUCCGAAGUCUAUACGGAACUGCAUGGAUCCGGAUCACCUAAUCUGCUCCAGCGACUACAAGAUUCUAUACCAGCGGAGUCGUUGCCAUCGCUCGAUGGCCAACUCGAAAAGGGCCGUGGAGGAUGCCCAGCUGGCCCAACGGACCAUACCUAUGGCAAUGGGGCGGCACAAUAGUGUACCGGGGACUGCGGAUAUUGUCCAGGAGAAAUGCAACGCCCUGCUCGAUGCGAAUGCGUUCGAGAGGAGUCUGGUCACAGUGUAUGAUGAGGGGAGAGAUUUCCACAGCAAAAAUUCCGAGCGGCAGUUUCAUAAAAUCCAAGAGAAAAUCAUGGGCAUUUUUAAUGACACCGUUGGAGAUUCCCUGUCCCCGUUUUUCAUUAAAAACAUGGCCGCCAUUGAGGGAGUAAUCCGAGAGCGAGAAGAGGCGGCUGCCAACAUUCCGCGUCCCCUUUGGAAGAUCCGACGGGAUCGGCCGGAGUGCGAUGUCCAAAGUAUCGAGGAAAAGAAGAGCAUUCAGCUGACACCCAUAGAACGAGCUCGGCGCAAGAACAGCGAACGCCUCUACACAUAUAACUAUAUGCGGAGGAACGCCGUUGAUGUAGCCCUACUAAGGGAACUGCGAACCAACGAGAACUUUCUCAACCCGCUGAUGGGCUCAAGCACUCCGCACCUCCGCCAACUAACUAGAGAUCAGUUCGACAUCAUCGGCAGGUUUCUGAAAAUGAUGCACGCCCGCAAUCCGCUGUACAACCGAACGUUUAUUCGCAACAGCGGGGACAUCGGUGAGCGAUCCCAGAGACGUCGACGGGAGGCCCACCUGUUCCACCUGGAAUACCAGACACGGCGCGACUGCUUCCGGAUGCUGCGCCAGGUGAGAGCACUGCGCCGAGCGGGCAAUGUGGACAAGAUGUCGGAUUAUGUGGAGCACAUCAUGUCCAACAACAUUGAACUGAAGACCCAUCGCACCCUGCCCUGGAAGUGGGAGUUCCUGAACGAGGUCUACAACCUGAUGGGCCUGGCCCAUACCGAUCGUUGCUCCGUUCCGGCCAAUGUGGACUUUUUGCAGCCAAAAAAUCGUUUUCUUCUGUUUCUAAUACCGCCGGAGAAGAAGGUCAAGGAGAUAUCAGACCCAUUUGGGGGCACGAACAUGUAUGUGGAGAUGCAUCAAGAGGAGGAGCGACACAACCGAAUCAACCAGAAACUGGAGCAUCUGGAGAACCGGCUGCGUUACUCCCCCUACGCGAUAGAGCGCUCCUAUCUGCUGUUCGAGAUGGCCAGGUGGCACUUCAGGGAGUCCCGCUUCGACAAGUGUCUGGUGGUGGCGCAACGCGCUUUCGAAGAGGCACGCACCUGCAAGAGCCUGAUCUGGCGUUUCAAUAGCAUCUUCCUGGCCUGCCAAGUCCACGCCGUCCUCAGUCGCUACGAACGCCUCAAGGAGACACUGGCCAAGGCCGAAAAGCUGGCCUCUGCCCUGAGGGCACCCAAGCUGCAUGCCUACCUCUCCAUCUGCAUCACCAUCAACGACUACGACAUGGCCCUGCGGAAGCUGCGGCAGUCGGACGUCUCCCUGCGUAAGAGCCGGAAGAAGAGUAACCACGAGUCCAGGACAGCCGUUUCGGCAGCCGUGUCAGUGAACGUCAGUUCCGAAAGUUUAGUCAGCUAAUGGUUCUGGACUGCUUUCCAUUGCUGUUCCUCCAACCAAAAAGUAAUGGAAAGGAGUCAAGGACCUCAAGGAUAUUAUUACCUUUUGACUUUGUAAUUGAAGAAAUUGUAUU